AGAUGAAAUGUUUUUCAUACGCUGAACUCCACCUUGGAUUGUCUCAUUGCUGCGCGUUCAGAACUUCAUAAAAAGUAGGAAGUCAAAAUGAAGAGCAGAGUGACACAAGUAAAUCAUGGUUCCAGUUACGAAAGGAAGGAAAACUACAGUUCACGCCAAAGAAGUUUGUCUCCAGAGGACAGGGAUAUAGAGCGUGACAGGUCUCCAUCUCCCAGAAAGAGAAGGUACUCUGAUGACAGCAGAUAUGAUCAGGAGUAUUCAAGAAGGGAAUACUAUGAUGACAGAACUUCAGAAGGAAGAAGGAUGGAAAGGGGGAGAGAAAGACACCAUGAGAAAUGGGAGGAAAGAGAAUCAGAUCGAAGGAAGCAGAGAAGAUAUUCAUCACCUGAUCAUAGGAGUCCAGAGAGGUCGGCAGUCCAGAGCUCACUUGCUCAUGAUGAGACCACUUCAAAGAAGAAGAAAGAAGAAGUGGAUCCAAUCCUUACUCGCACAGGUGGUGCGUAUAUUCCGCCUGCCAAGCUCAGGAUGAUGCAAGAGCAAAUCACUGAUAAAAAUAGCUUGGCAUAUCAGAGGAUGAGUUGGGAAGCCUUGAAGAAGUCGAUCAAUGGUCUUGUCAAUAAAGUGAACGUUUCUAAUAUAGAAAAUAUCAUUCAUGAGCUCCUUCAGGAAAAUAUUGUUCGGGGAAGGGGAUUGCUGUCUAGAUCCAUUUUGCAAGCUCAGAGUGCCUCUCCAAUUUUUACCCAUGUUUAUGCAGCUCUUGUGGCAAUUAUUAAUUCAAAGUUUCCAAAUAUUGGUGAAUUGAUUCUCAAGAGAUUGAUACUAAAUUUUCGCAAAGGAUAUCGCAGAAAUGAUAAGCAACUCUGUCUAACAUCUUCAAAGUUUGUUGCGCAUUUGAUGAAUCAGAACGUGGCUCAUGAGGUUUUAUGUUUGGAAAUGCUCACCUUGCUUCUUGAAAGGCCUACUGAUGACAGUAUUGAAGUAGCAAUUGGAUUUAUUAAAGAGAGUGGGCUCAAAUUAACAGAAGUUUCUCCUAGAGGUAUUAAUGCAAUCUUUGACCGUCUUCGACACAUUUUGCAUGAAUCUAAAAUUGACAUGCGUGUUCAGUAUAUGAUAGAAGUCAUGUUUGCUGUACGGAAGGAUGGCUUCAAGGAUCAUCCAAUCAUUCCAGAGGGGUUAGAUCUAGUGGAAGAGGAGGAUCAGUUUACUCAUAUGUUGCCAUUAGAAGAUGACUACAACCCAGAGGAUGUUCUUAAUGUUUUCAAGAUGGAUCCGAACUUUAUGGAAAAUGAAGAGAAAUACAAAACGCUGAAGAAAGAAAUUCUUGAUGAAGGUGACAGUGAAUCUGAAGCAGAUCAAGAGGCUGGAAGUAGUGAGGAAGAUGAAGAAGAAGAUGAAGAGGAGGAUGAAGAUGGUCAGAAAGUUACUGUCCAUGACAAAACAGAAAUUAACCUGGUCUCCUUCCGUCGUACAAUUUAUCUUGCUAUUCAGUCAAGCUUAGACUUUGAAGAAUGUGCUCACAAAUUGCUGAAGAUGGACUUUCCUGAAAGUCAGACU